ACAGGCGCCCGCGAUAAACACACUUACGAAGAGCUCAACAAAUCGCAUUCCCCCAUUCAUCCACGAGUACCCGUUUCCUAUUCUUACCCGAUUGAUUACCGCUAUAAUUGGCCUCUCGACACACGUACCUCUGUAGCGCGAGCUGCCGCCGGCGUUCACCAACCGUCGGACUGAUUCUCAGGUGUCCCGAAGCAACCCCCCCUUCGAGGUGGUCCCGCUAUGACAUAAAUAUCUCGUGCCAUCACUCUUGCAGUCGAUAAUAUGGCGGGUCGCGCGCCGCCGCAGGGCUAUAUCAGCUCGUACGCGCCACGAUUGCGCACCUACAAUAACUCCCUUCUCACUCCCGUCCUCCCCAAUACCGCCCCAUCGGGUCCCUUGGCACGAACGACCAAAAGAGGCACUACAAUCAUCAACUAUGCCGAGGAUGGCUAUGAUGACUACGACUACGAUGACGAUGAUACCCGCCGGCGUCCGACCGGUCUGCGGAGCUUACGACGGGAUGACAGUGUCUCCAAGGUCGACCCGAGCGAGAAGGUCGGGAAGGACACCUUUGAACCAGUCGAAGUACAAGGCAUCUGGCGCGACUGGAUGGUAAGAACACGCGGUCCAAAGUCGGACGCGCAAAAUUACGCCCAAGCCUGUCUUCCUCAGACUUUGAUCCCAAUUCGGAUCGACGUCGACGUCCCAUCAUUCAUUCCUGCUGCGCCUUUCCCGCUUGUGGCCCCCAAUGUGGACCCCAACAAUCCGGUAUAUAAACCACAGGAGAUGACGGUACCCUACCGAUUGAGGGACACCUUCCUAUGGAACCUCCACGAAACACUAAUGACGACAGAUGUGUUUGCGCAGACGCUAGUCCAAGACCUUGACCUUCCCAACCGCUCCGCCAUGAUCGCAGAAAUCAGCAAGCAGAUUCGGACCCAGUUGGAGGAAUAUGCGGGCGUCGCCCUCCAUCCACUCUUUCACGCCCAGAAUCAUCACAAUACUGCGCCGGGAGCAUCAAAGCCCGCGACCGGCCACGAGCCAGCGACACCGGCGCCGAACCACUUGUCCGUCAGCCGAGCAGAUACUCCUGUGGGCAAUGUCACAAUGCCAUCCACGCCGUCUAAGCUGGCUCCGACCACUCCGGCCACGGUUCGUACCGCCAAUGGCGACAUUACGGCGAGGGCCUCGCCAAUCCCGCCUGAUUCGGAUGACUUCAGUCCGGAUGACACAUACCGGUGCAUUAUUAAUUUGAACAUCAACCUCUCGUCUCAGGUCUAUACCGACAAGUUCGAGUGGUCGCUGCUACACCCUCCUGGAACCGCCGAAGCGUUCGCGAAACAGACGUGUGCAGACCUAGGCCUAGUUGGAGAGUGGGUACCCGCCAUGACCCACGCCAUCUACGAAGCAGUUCUCCGGCUGAAGAAGGAGGCCUGCGAGUCCGGGGGUUUGGUAUCGGGCUGGGCGCUCGGCGGCGUCUCGAGCGCUGCGGACUAUCCCAACGACGCUGCCCCGACAGCGGGCGGGGAAGGCGCCGGGUGGCGGUACGACCCAGAGCACCUCGCCGACGAGUGGGAGCCCAAGAUUGAGAUACUCUCGAAAGAAGAGAUCGAGAAGCGCGAGGGCGACCGGGAGCGGCAGAUACGACGGCUCCGACGUGAAACCGCGCGGUUUAGCAGCAAUACCGGUAUGGCCGGUGGCGUGCCGGCCGGCUUCGGCUUCGGCGGCCUGAUCGAGCAGGAGGAGGAGCGGAUGGGCCGGGGAGAGCGUAGCAAGAAGAAGAAGCGGUUCCGAAGCCUGUCCCCGCUCGGCCGGUCGGGGACGCCGGGCGGGCGUAUGACGCCGGACGUCGGCGGGGCGGCGGGCGGCUACGGCGGGGGAGGCACGCUCGCGGAGAACGAGCGGGCGACGUGGCGCUGCGCCCAUUGCAGGAUCUGGGGAACUAGUGUCUGGGCGGUCCGCGACGGGCCCCAUGGCCCAAGGUCUCUCUGUAACAAUUGCGGCUUCUUGUUCGAGCGCGAUCGGAAGCUCCCCCGGUGGGCCAAGAAUCUGCAUUUAAAUGAUAUGCGGCAAUUCUAGCGGAAUGAGCCCCCAAUACAGAGCAGAAAACUUCCCGAAUCACCUAUGCCGCGCUCUUCCUCCUCACCCCCCCUUUGAUUGUUUCUUGGCGUUAGGGUGAUGGUUUUCCAAGGAUGUCUGGGGCGCCUCGCCUUGUUGUUGCCCUCAAGGAAGGGAACUGGCGCACUUGAAGGGAGGUCACCAGUGGGU